AUGGAGGACCAGCGCGCCACGCAAGAGGAAGAGCAGCGUGCGAGGAUGCUGGUGAGGAGGCAGCGCGAGCAGCGAGAUGGAAGCUCGUCAGGAACCGCCAGCUUGAUCGCCGAGCUGCUGCGAGCGUCGAGAAAGGAUGCCAGUAGGGAGCCCAGGAGCGAGACCAGGAGGGAGGCCAGGAGGGAGUACCAGGAGAAGCUUCAGGCCCUCGACCGGCUGUACACGAGGAUGAAGGGGCACGUGGAUGGGGAGGAUUCAAGCCCGGGGAGAACGUCGGCAGGAGCGGCAAGGGAGGAGGAGAGGAAGGGGAGAGAGCAGGAGGUAGAGAGUAAGGGCCAGAUGAACCAGCAGCUGGUGGUCUACCCUUACUCUAAGAGCAUGGCGCAUGCCUACUCUCCUCCUCCUCCUCCUCAUGCGGCCUCUAGUACAGAUCGUACCCAGGACCUCGCGUCCUCCCCUACAGCCCUAACGUGGCCCAAGGCGAACCCCUCCUGGAUCCCCAAGGGAGCGUACAAGGACAAGACGAUCUACGACGCUGAUUACAGCUGGCCGAGCGAGGAUCAAGUGCUUCAGGGGGACGAGUGGAGGAACAAGGCUGACUGCGGCAUGUUCGGUGCCAACUGCUGA